CGUCCUCUGCUGUCAGUGGGUCAUUUUUAAAGACCUCUGUCAAAAUGGAUACGACGGAAGCAACACGCACCUGCGGCCAGUGCCACAAGGAAGUAGCAGAGGCCAACUUCGCUUUGCAUGAAACGCACUGCAGCCGCUUCUUAUGUGUCUGUCCUGACUGUGAAGAAGCAGUUCCCAGAGAUCAACUGGACCAACACAAAGAGGAGCAGCACACCGUGGUAAGAUGCUCCAAAUGCAACACGAAGAUGGAACGCUGUCAACUAAUGGAUCAUGAGUCCGAUGAGUGUGUGGAGCGCCUGCAGUCUUGUCAGUACUGUGAGCUGGACAUGCCCUGCAAGGACCUGGAUGAACACAGCAAGGCCUGUGGGAGUCGCACUGAGCGGUGCAAUGACUGCAACCGCUAUGUGACCCUGAAGGACCAGCCCAAGCACAGAUUGACCUGCUCAGCUGCUGACAAUGGCUCAGGUCCUCCUCAAACUACCAGCAGUACCCCUAACAAGACGAAAAUAACAGUGAACUGUAGCAGAUGUAUGGCUUCAUUCCCAGCUGAAGACAUAGAGGAACAUGAGCUGGAGUGCCUCCCAGUAUCCACGUGGUAUUAUGGAGAUGCUGAGCCAAAGGAGGAAGAGCACGAGGAUGAGGAUGAAGAUGAUUUCUCCAGGCAAGGGGCCACUCCUCAGCUAAGCGGCACCUAUAAGGCCACCUCUCUGUCAUUCAGACCCAACAAUGGGCCCCAGGUUAAUGGAGUUGAUCCAGACCAGAUCUCCACUUGCCCCUACUGUCAUCUGGCCCUGCCACUCAUUACACUACGCUGGCAUGAGGCGAAGUGCAAAGUUCACCUUUUCCUGAAAUGACGAAGCGCUCCUCAGGAUGGAUAAACUGCAUCAAAGACCUUUUGAUUCAUGUGUCAUAAACAAGAGAUGGAAGACAAGUAUUUGGGCUGUCCAUAUGUAACUUUAUUAGCCAACAUGAGAAAUGUUUGUUUACAUUAAGAGAAGGUAGUUCCAAAUAUAAUACUCAUUAUUUUAAUACCCUUGACACUCUUAAUAACAUAUAGUGUGUCACUCCUAUCACACUUCCUGUUUACAUGGUUGGCUGUUGUUAUUGGGCAGGGCCACAUAUGUGUCCUAGCAACCGAUUUACACAUUACUUAACUGGCUAGUAGUUAUUAAGAACGUAAGAAGUGAUGGAUUUAAGGAACAGCGGUGCAAUCAGCAAUCAGCUAUGUAAACAAUAAGACACUAGAGCAUCACUAGUGAUAUGGCUUUGUUUAGCUGAUAUUUGCAUACAUAGAGACACAUUGAUGUAGUUAGAGUGAGAGGGAAAUAUCUGCCUAACCUUUAUUUGAUCAUUUAGGUUUAUUGGCAUAAUGUUUCAUAAUUUGAGGUUGUUUUUGUGAAAUGUAAUUUGACAAAAGUUUUCACCAUUUGAUCAACUGUCAGGUCAGACAUGCCAACCAUAUUACAUAUUACUUCCUGGCUUUACUCAUUAAUCUAAAAAGGUCACGGAUUAGCAAACCAGUGUUAGUUUUGUCUGUUGGCUCAGUUCCACCUGGCAGAUAUUGAGAGUAAAUGUGUAGUAAAAGCUAUUCUCUAUGUAAGGACUAGUCUGUGUGAUGCGACCGUCUCCAGUUAGCACUCCAGUUAGCA